AUGAGUGAAAAGAAUGAUAAACAACAAGUGGUACCAUACGCUGAUCCCUUUUAUUUGGGUAGCUCAGAUCAUUCAAAUGCAGGGCUUGGUCCCAUUGUAUUUAAUGGUGGAAAUUAUCUCAACUGGAGUAGAAGUGUCAAGAUGGCAUUGGGAGCAAAGAACAAACUUGGGUUUAUUGACGGAAUGAUUUCGAAGCUGGCUAUAGAAUCAGAGUUAUACAGUCUAUGGCAAAGGAAUGAUUGUAUGAUUAGGUGCUGGUUAUCCGCAUCUGUCACCCCUGAAAUAGCUGAGCAGAUGCUCAUAUGUGAUUCAGCUCAAGAAUUCUGGAAUGAGCUCUCUGAAAGACAUGGACAAACCAACGCACCACAGCUCUAUAGUUUGAAGAAGGAGGUUAAUGGAUUGCAGCAGAACAACCUGAGUGUGGAUGCAUAUUAUGGUAAACUAAAGAGGUAUUGGGAUGAGUUGAAUAACAUUGAAGGAUUUCCAUAUUGUGAAUGUGGUGCAAUGAGCAAGUGCACAUGUAACAUUCUUAAGAAAUUAGCAGAGAGAGCUGCAAAAAAAAGGUGA